AUGGAGGGUCCUACCUACUCGGGUUUGGGAGUUAUUUGUCCAAAUGCCUGCCAGCCCCCAUCCAGGUUGGACAACGUGUUUUUCACAGGGCGUUUACAGCCAGAGCGGCUAGGUGGGAAAAUGACUCAGCAGAAUUCACCGGCAAACCUGAUUUUAAUGGUUAUGUGUUUCUGUUUAUUAUACUUGUGUAUUCUACGUAUUCUGUUUACCAUUACCAUCCUCAUGCUGUGUGAUCCUGGCUCUCCUUUUAUGGUACAGAGGAUUAUGGUCUUGAUAAAAAUAAAUAAAUCAGAGGCAAUAGCAAAUAGUAGUGUAGGUGCAGGCUAUUCAGGAGAGCCAUCACAGAGGUGGCCUUAA